AUGACAGAAAUGACCCGACCAAGAGAGGGCCAGGCAACGGGCCUGGUAAGAAUCGGGCUGCCUAAUCAGCUCUGGAGGCAGCCUCUGGUGCAUCUGCCUCCUAGCUGCUUUGGGGCUCCUCCUGUCUGCCACCGCUCUGACCAGCCCGAUCCUUGGGACUCAAUCGGGAGGACGCUCUCCUCCCACCGCGAGCGGCUUCGGUCGCUUGGGGAGGCAGUUCAGACCACUCAAGAUCUGCUGCGGGGGCUGUCGGGCCGGAUUGGUCAGCUGACGGUUGCUGUCCUCGCCCGCCAGCAGAAUCGCCCUUCCGCGCCGCUGCCCAGCGCACCCGAACCGCCGCUGCCCAGCGCACCCGAACCGCCGCUGCCCAGCGCACCCGAACCGCCGCUGCCCAGCGCACCCGAACCGCCGCUGCCCAGCGCACCCGAACCGCCGCUGCCCAGCGCACCCGAACCGCCGCUGCCCAGCGCACCCGAACCGCCGCUGCCCAGCGCACCCGAGCCGCCAUCCGAGGUCUCCUCCGCACCCGAGCCGCCAUCCGAGGUCUCCUCCGCACCCGAGCCGCCAUCCGAGGUCUCCUCCGCACCCGAGCCGCCAUCCGAGGUCUCCUCCGCACCCGAGCCGCCAUCCGAGGUCUCCUCCGCACCCGAGCCGCCAUCCGAGGUCUCCUCCGCACCCGAGCCGCCAUCCGAGGUCUCCUCCGCACCCGAGCCGCCAUCCGAGGUCUCCUCCGCACCCGAGCCGCCAUCCGAGGUCUCCUCCGCACCCGAGCCGCCAUCCGAGGUCUCCUCCGCACCCGAGCCGCCAUCCGAGGUCUCCUCCGCACCCGAGCCGCCAUCCGAGGUCUCCUCCGCACCCGAGCCGCCAUCCGAGGUCUCCUCCGCACCCGAGCCGCCAUCCGAGGCCUCCACUGUACCUAAGCUUCCUGAAUUUCCCAGCGUUUUUGAGUCUUGUGAGCUUUCCCGUGCUCACAGGUCCUGCCGCUGGUCUCUAGAGUUUCGCCGGCCGGCUGAGCUGCAGCUUUGUCACCGGGGUCUCCCACAGUGGUGCCCGCCACUGGCUCUGCUUUUCCGCCGCCGGGGACGUCCACCGCGAUGCCUCCGGCUCUAA